CGUUGAUUAGCGCCGGGACCGACGCGAUAUGAUGCGGGAUCGCGGCGCGAUCCCGCUUCAUAUCGCGGGAGCCGGCGCAGGACGUAUAUAUUUGGUGUAUAUCCUGCGUCGUUAAGGGGAUAUACACCAAAAAUCCUGUGUAAAUCCCUUGAUAAAUUCCCCCCAUAAUCAUUUGCAUACAUGGAUCUGUGGUGCCUUGGUGGGGGUGUAGGGUAGUUGGGGUGUUGCUGUAGUAUAUGAGGGGUUAAUUUAACUCUUGUCACUCACAACGCCAGGGUGAGGGUUAAAACUCUGAGGUAAUGCUGGGCCUAGCGCCACCUUUCCCAAGAGCGAUAGGUGAGUGUAGAAUAACGGAUUGUCCACAACCGGUGCUGAACUGAAUAACUUGUAGAAACUUUACUGAAGAUUUUCUGUACAUGCAGUAACGGUAACAGUCCAGAUAACAGAGUCUAUAUAUACAGCACGGCAAUGACUGACAGUUGACUGAGACCGAUAAGUUAUCUUUAGUUUUAGGAGAAUUGGAUUGCAUAGAUCCGCUGGAUUUAGGGGUUUGUUUAGGUCCAGUGAUCUUGCGGAGAUUUGCAGGGAUUGCAGUAACUCAAUUUGGAUUAUGGCCGAGGCUGCAAGGCUUUGGCCUAGUGGUUGCCGAUGACAACUGCGCAGAUCCUACCUCUUCAGCAGCCCACGAGGAAAGAGAGCGAGUAAUGGCCGCAGCUGAGCCGUUUUAGAUUGGUCCAUGCAGCUGUCACUCACAGUUACAAAGGAUGGUGGGUGAUCACCUGACUAGAACCACCAAAGGUCCUUUAGCAAGCCAAAGAGUUCUGUGAACCGCAGGUCCUGCGACGUUAACAAGGUUAUAGAUCACAAGGACACUUCAGGCUGUUCUCCGAAGAAUCAUAUACAUUAUCCUGAAAUUUUCAUUUUGGCCAUUUAUAGGCAUAUUUAUGUAGGCUACAUGAAGAAAACACUAUGGUGGGUAUUUAUUCAUAAAGGGGUACUCCAGGGAAAUAAAACUUACUCCAUAUCCACAGGACCCCGGCUCAGCUGGUAAGUUGCUGAGCAGGCCGUCACUUAAACCCAUCUCCAAGGGUGGGAACCAAAGGAUGGGUGGGUACCCAGUCCCCAUACAGGAGAUUGUGGGGGCCAUAGUGGUCAGACUCCCAAAUAUCAGGAACUUAUCCCCAUCCUGUUGAUAGGAGAUAUGUUUUAUUUCUCCAGAGUACCCCUUUAAUACCUCUAGUGAUGUUUUAAAUUAAAUAUCAAUUUACCAGGUACAUAUAGGUGACACUAGAGAGACAGUCUUCAUCUGUCUGGAGGAGAGCUCAUUUGCAUGCUUUUUUCCCAUGGAGCACUGCCUAUAGAUCACUUAGCUCCCCUUAAUGAGAAACUAGUGAAAAGCAAACACGGUGUAGUUAGACAUCUCAGUUUAGGGUGUCUUUUACAAAGGCAGAAGGAGACGCAAUGUGAUUGUUUGCUGUUGUGGUAAAACUGCUCCAUAUUUGUUUCGCACUGAUUAAAAACGAUCUCCCCUGUUGUAUUUGUAGUGUCUCGGCAUUUUCUAGGCUGUCUCAUUUCAGCAUUCAGUUCCAUGGCUAUUCAGGGAUACUCUAAUCUUCCGAAACCGUCAGUGAAUAUUUCCACCCAUUAUUUAAUGCUUUAUUGUUUCUUCCUAGAUGUUUAUAAAUAGACUCAGCACUAUUGAAGAUUGGCAGAGAAUAUAAUUCUUUUGAAAUGUACAAAACGAAAAAGAUCAAAAAGAAACACAUUCAUAGAGCUAAAAAGAAUUGUUCUCAGCAUCUGAACCCUGCAUCAGUCACAAUAAGGAAGAUUUUGAUCCUGAAUUCACCCGUUGGAACAGCAUGUCACAGAAAAAGGGCACCCCGUCAGCAAAGAGUGAAAAGGAGAGGAGCACACCAGCGCUGAUCACGGUACAGAGUGAGAGAGAGCUUGACAAGUCUAUCAACUCCCCACUGUGAACUUUGCAUUUAAAAGGAAUAUGGAUAUUCUAAACACCACAGAAUAUAAUUGCACGGAGCAACUAACAAAAGGGAUUACAGGCAAAAUUCUCAUUUCACUCACUCUGUCGAUCUUGACAUUGAUGACAACUGCAAUAAACUCUCUGGUAAUUGCUGCAAUAAUUGUGACACGGAAGCUUCAUCAUCCUGCCAACUACUUGAUAUGUUCUUUGGCGGUGACGGAUUUUCUGGUUGCUGUGCUGGUGAUGCCUUUCAGCAUUAUGUACAUUAUAAAGGAAACCUGGGUCAUGGGUCAAGCGGUAUGUGACAUCUGGUUAAGCGUGGACAUUACCUGUUGCACAUGUUCAAUCCUGCACCUCUCAGCUAUCGCCCUGGAUCGCUAUAGAGCUAUCACCGAUGCUGUGGAGUAUGCCAGAAAGCGAACACCCCAGCAUGCUGCCUUCAUGAUUGCCGUCGUGUGGAUCCUUUCUAUAUUCAUAUCUAUGCCGCCAUUGUUCUGGCGGCACCAAAGACACAAUCGUGACGACGAAUGCAUCAUCAAACACGACCAUAUUGUUUUUACUAUUUAUUCUACGUUUGGAGCCUUUUAUAUCCCCUUGGCAUUGAUCCUUAUCCUUUAUUAUAAAAUUUAUAGAGCUGCAAAAUCCUUAUAUCACAAACGCAGUGUUAGCCGAUGCGAAAAAGAACAGAACGGGCUUGUUCUGCUAGACGUUUGUGGAAAAAGUUCUACCUUGUGUAUAGCGGAGAAAUCUUUCUCAGACCAUUCAACGGAUUUUGACAGGAUCCAUAUAACUAUACGUAACCCAAGAACGGAAAUGAGGCAUGAGAAAGCAAUGAGAAAGCAAAAAAUAUCCUGCAAUAGAGAACGCAAAGCGGCCACCACCUUAGGCUUAAUCUUGGGAGCUUUUGUCAUCUGUUGGCUUCCGUUCUUUGUUAAGGAAGUUAUUGUAAAUAUCUGUGAUGCAUGUUAUAUCUCGGACGACAUGUCCAAUUUCCUCACGUGGCUUGGAUACCUCAACUCCUUAAUCAAUCCUCUAAUUUAUACUAUCUUCAAUGAAGACUUUAAGAAAGCAUUCCAGAAGCUAAUACGCUGCAGACACUAUCUAUGAAAAUAUAUUACUUGAAGUUUUUUUUUUUUUUCAAGUAGUAUUUUACAGAACGAUUAUUUAACUAAGCAGACCGAUGGUUUACCUUAUUUUCUUACAAAACAAUAUAAGUUAUAUGCUAAAGUGAAAAACAUACUGUACCUUUACAUUACCUGGUACUAUGCUGCUGUUCUUUUUUGGGGAGGUUAAAAAUAAUAAAAGUACAAGUGUCAAAAUAUAUAAAAAAAUAAAAUAAAGAUAAAGAAUUAUUAAAAUAUGUUGCUACAUUAUAUGUGUACUACAUACAUCCUGUAAAAUCACCAAUACAUGUAAA